UUCUAGAGGGGCAAUUUAAUAUAUUGGUAUUCAUAAUAGUUGUUAUUGAGAUAUUGGGAACUAUGUAUUCUAAAAGAUGUAGUUUUUGUUUUGCGAUAUGUUAGAAUUUCAUAUGUUCCUUUAGGAUUGGUUCAAAAUUAGGCCGAUAAUAAAAAUUCCAAUAGUAAUCGUGUACACAUUACUUAAGGAUUUUUGGACUAAGUUUAUUAAAAAUGAAAGAAAUGUUUCCAAUUCUUUAGGCAAAUUUCCCUAAUUUAAUUAGACUAUCAGCACUGUUUUUGCACACAGUCUGUCGAUCUUUAUUCAUAAGAAAAUCAUGAGAGAGAAUUCCGUCACAAAAGCACAUGUAUUUUUGAACACAAUGGACAGAGAUAAAGCAGUUAUUCGAACAAGUGUCAACUCCCAAAACACUGUCAAUGAACACCCACAAGCUGUGCCCUUGGACAAAAUUGCAAAUAAUUGGAUGUUUAGGUCCAUCUAGUGGCUCAUCUUCGAAAAUAGGCCAGGUAAACCAGUCACUAGUCAAACCAGACCGAAUUUCAUGUUUAAAAUAUAUUAUUGUGAAUGUAAGCGGGUUUCGGGGCUGUAAAAACGCAUUUAAAACAACAUUUAAUUUCUUUCAUUUGAUACAGAUAACCACACUAAAGUUUAAAAACAUUUUAAUAAAAACUACAUUUCCCAGCAUCCUUCACUCUGAAGCCCCGACAAAGUGUCGUAAAUCACCCGCUCUGCUUUACGGCAGAAAGUAGGCCAGUGUGGAGAGCAAUGGCAGGAACAGACACGAGAUAGUGCUCGAACUUUACAUUAUUCCAACAUUUAUCAGGUACCAGCAGCCGAACGGACGCCUGUAUUUGUCCUUGUUCACUGUGAGAGUCUGAUUCCGACCCCGAUUUCCUGUCAUCAUAUUAACUGUAUGCAGUGGAAUGGCUGAAGUGCCGCCUGGGCCUAACGCACUGCCUUCACCCCCGAGCGACAUUACAGCACUGCCCGUGGACGGGUGCACCUUACUGGGGAAAGAUGAGGGACUGGAAAUCAUCACCCCCGGCCCGGGACCACACCAGCACGCCGGCGAUCAUAAAGCAAUUGUCAAAUCCAACCAGAACAACGUGCACCCUAAUGCGUUAGGCGCUCAGUUCCACUCAGCCCAGCUGAACGGGGUCCAGUGCAACCACGCUCACCUCCAGAACCACGUCCAGCAUCGGACGUCCGACAGUCAAAGCGGCGCUUCUGAUCAUCACCCGGACAGCAUCGGCGAAACACAGGGCGAUCACACGGAAAACAACAAUUUAACCAGAAAUAAACGUUGUAAUGAUAUAUCACAGAGCCAGUUGUCGCCGAACAACGGGAUAAACUGCACUGAUAGAAUGGCGAUCACGGAGAGCAGCUCUUGUCAAGUAGAGAAUGAUGUGAGGAGCAGGACUGGUACGGUGGAUAAGGCUCGAGCAGCAGAGGAAUCAGGCCCGGGCCCGCAGGGCGCUCGAGUAGAGCAGCAUGCGGCGGCGGAUGACAGCGCUCCGGUGGCGGAGAUGUCGAGACUCGCGCUAGAGGAGCACGACGAGUCUAUCCGAUACGUGAGAUACGAGUCUGAGCUCCAAAUGCCCGAUAUUAUCCGACUCAUAACGAAAGACUUGUCUGAGCCCUACUCCAUAUACACCUAUAGGUACUUUAUUCACAACUGGCCUCAGCUCUGCUUUCUGGCGAUGGUUGAGAAGGACUGUGUUGGUGCCAUUGUAUGUAAGCUAGACAUGCAUAAGAAGAUGUUUCGUCGCGGAUACAUCGCUAUGCUCGCGGUGGACUCCAAAUUUCGCAGGAAAGGCAUUGGCACCAACCUUGUGAAAAAGGCCAUCUUUGCCAUGGUGGAGGGGGAUUGUGAUGAGGUGGUGCUUGAGACGGAGAUCACCAACAAAUCAGCCCUGAAACUCUAUGAGAACCUGGGCUUUGUCAGGGACAAGCGGCUGUUUAGAUAUUAUUUAAACGGAGUGGACGCACUUCGGCUCAAACUCUGGCUUCGCUAAAUCAAACUAAUGGGUUCUUCAACACUUUCUCCAUCCCUUUGGCCUCCUCUUCCUCUGCCCCAAGCCUCUUUUGGCUCAGAUCACAUGACUUACCCUCAAUAGAAAGACGCUUGACCUCAGCUGAGACACAAAGGGGAAGCUCUGAGGGAAAAUUCAAAAAAAUCAUAAUAAAGUGUUUUAUGAACUUUUGGGGCGAAAGACAGAGAGGUUAUUGCAAAAAAAGAAAAAUAUAUGAAGUUGGGUACUACUAUUACAUUGACACUGAAGAGGAAGGGAUGGUGGCUUGGGCAUUCAGGUGUCGAUAGCCCGACUGAAGACCACUGUGUAUUUGGGAUGGGCUAGGCAGAAUGGGUUGACGGCAUCUGCGAAAUGAUUCGAGCCGAAAGCAAACAAUGCACCACAGCUCUGUUGUUAAAUUUUUUUUAUGAACAAUCACAAACCGAGAGAUGAAAAUGUGUGUUCAGACCGACUCAACAAAACUCAAAUCAAUCUUUUUUUGUUUGAUUUUUCUUCUAAAAGAGGGUGCACGGGAGCACUGCAGGUUGAUAUCGUGUUGGAGCCUGCUGCUUUGUGUUGUUUUUGUGCAUACGGGGGUCUGCGGUUUAUUGAAUGUGUUUAUUUUAUGUUUUGAAAAACACUUGGCAGAGCACUGUCCGCUUUAAAAGGAAAUGACAAACUAGCGUACAGAGCGACGUGUUAACAAUGUGGACAGUAUCUCUGCUCUUGUAAGUCAGUCGUAUUAGCCCGCUCACAAUACGCCAUAUUGGUUUAUGUGGAUUGUGAUUCUUCUGUGUUUGGAGGCAGUUGUUGGAUUACAUUUUAGGCUAUAUACAAAUUUUGUCAUCUCACCAAACAACAACUUGGCUGGACAAGUUUCGAGGGUAUUUUGUGCACCAAGACGAAUGAAAAUGAAUUACUAAGUGGGCCUUCCCAAAUUGAAGUGAAAUUCCCAACCCCCACCCCCAUUUUUUUUUUUUUUUUUUUUUAAUCCACAGCCUUUAUUACAAUUCAUCUUAGAUGGUCCUUUUUAUAUAUUUGAUUGAAUUUAUAGGAAUAGUUCACCCAAAAAUGAAAAUUCUCAUUUACCCUCAUGCCAUCCCUAAUGUGUGACUUUCUCUUUUCUAACAAACACAAGUUUUAAGUUUUUUAGAAGUACAUCUCAGCUCUGUAGGUCCACACUAUGCAAGUGAAUGGUGACUAGAACUUUGAAGUGCCAAAAAGCAUAAGAAGGCAACAUAAAAGUAAUCCAUACGACUCCGGUGGUUAAAUCCAUAACUUCAGAAGUGAUAUAAUAGGUGUGGGUGAGAAAUACAUCAAUAUUUAAGACCUUUUUUUACUAUAAAUCUCAACCUUUGACCAGACCCGACCAUUAGGUGGCGAUAUGUACGAAGAAUGCAAAUCACCAAAAAAAAAAAGAA